CACACACACACUGAAGCACAGUUGUUCUUCUUGUGUCCAGCAGGGCGUUAAUGAGCGGAGGCAGAAAGAGGAUUAUCUGUGUGACGGAGACAAACUCUCUCGUACAGUAAGACAGUGCGAGAAGUGAGUCAGACAUGACUGCGACUGAAAGCAGCGAGAAGCAGCCCCCACACAGCAGCGUGACAGCGGACUACUGCGCUCAGCUGCAGCGGUGGAUGUGGCAGUAUUACUGGAGCAAUGGCAGCUGGCAGAGCUGGGUCUCUCUGUCCGCCUUCUCCUUCCCGCUGCCGUGCGGUUUCCCUCCCAGCGGUCACACGGUGGGUCCACCUGCUGCCGCCUGGACCUCCGGCGGUGGACAGCAGGGGGCGGACACACGGAACUGGACCACUUAUCCUUAUUAUUACCCGCUCAGUUUUCCCGCGUCCCCUUCUUCUCACUCAGCUGGAGCUCAACCCGAGCAGAGUGCAGCGGCAGCUACUGCAGCAGCAACACAGCAGAGUGGGAACAAUGCACCUCAGACAGGCCGAGAGUACACCAUCCCCUCUCCUCUGCAGAGGUUCCUGGCCGAGACAUUGGACUUCUUUAUCCUGUUCUGUGUGAAGGCCACCAUUGUGCUGUGGAUCAUGCAUCUGAGUGGGAUGAAGGACAUUGCCAAAUUAAUCACACACUUCAUCGUGGAGGAGAUCGACGAGAACACGUCCAUGGAGGAUCUGCAGAAGAUGAUGGUGGUCGCUCUGGUCUACAGGGUGCUGGUGUGUUUCUAUGAGAUCAUCUGUAUCUGGGGUGCCGGCGGUGCGACUCCAGGGAAGUUUCUGCUUGGUUUGCGGGUGGUGACGUGUGACACGUCCACUCUGGUCCGACCCAACCGAGUCUUUGUGUCGCCGGCGUCUAACGUUUCGCUCUCUUCCUCCACGGUGCGAGCAUUGAAUAAGAACUUCUCCAUCGCCUUCCUCUUUCCUGUCUUCAUCACUCUACUCUUCAUCCGGCACAACAGGACAGUGUAUGAUAUUGUGGCAGGGACAAUUGUUGUCCAGAGGAGAGAGGACUGAGAGCCUCGUCACGAGCGGGAGAAAUAAUAACAAGAGAGUGUGUCGACUAUCCUGAAACUUUUAAAUUGAAAUUGAAACCAGUCACAAAUGACAACACCAACAACACACGGCAGCAAAUGACUGAUGCACUGGCUCAGAUUAAAACUUGGACAUCGAUUGCAUGCAAACAUAGGCCGGUUUUGUUUGGAAUCCUGACACCAAACUGUUUUUGUGUGAGGUGUGAGAUGUUUAUUACCCUUUUAAGAAGUAUUGUGAUUCAUGAUGACGGAAAUCGUUCAGGAAAGUGUGCUUUCCAAUGUUUCCAGGAUUUUCUGCGACUUCUCCUCACAAAAUGUGAAUCUUAUCUAGUCUAUUUAUUAUUUUCCGAAAGCUUAAAACUCCUAUGUGUAGGAUUUUGGUGGGGCCUAGUGGUACCAAAUAAAUACCUCCAAGAUGCCUAAACUAAUGUCAUCAGAAUAAUUAAACACAUGCUGUACACACAAAUUACUACACCAGUGGCGGUUGCUGGUCUUUGAAAUGGGGGAAGCUCAUUUCAGGCCCAGUUAUUUAUCCAUAAAUUCUGCAAAUGAACAACGAGAAGAAGGAAACGCGACAAUUAUGUCAAACUGAAAUACUAUAAUAGUGGGGUUUUUUUUGCAUUAUUUAAAUGAAAAUGUUCUAUAUCGCAGAGUAAAUAACACACAACGAGCAGCUAUUUGUCUACAGACUACACUUCCACACAGGACUGAGGCAGAAAAGGCUCUGCUGUCGAGUAUGUUCAAAAACUGUCUCUGCCUUUCAGACAGUUCCUCCAAUCCUCACGCAGAAGCCCAGCGUCUGCGCCCGCCCGCUGCUCCUUUGACUCCCAGAGAAGCUGAGCUUCCGUGGAAGUGAGGUUUUUGCCGCAUUCGUCCAAUAGUAAAGCUUUAUUUGUAUAGCACCUCACAGCAAUUUACAAAGUGCUUUCGCAUAUAUAAAAUAAAAAAAAUUACACACAUAUGUAAAAACUCUGAAAACUCCUGGAUAAAAACACUGUUUGGUCUCGGGGGGUCUGUAAAUUAUUAGAAUUAAAAGUGGAGUAUUUGAGUUUAUCAUUAGACCAAGGUGUUUAAAUGAAGUAAAAACAUUAGAAAAAACGGGUGCGUUUUAAAGUAUUUCUAAAAAUGACAAUCACCAUUGGAAAAAAAAAGAAACUCGUCCCAUAGAGAACAGCUGAACUUAGAGUGGUUUUAACUCGCUGCUACGGGAAUACUUAAAUCACGUAAGAUGGUCCGUCAUCCACGAUAAUCAGCUGAUUCUGACUAAACACGUUCUAGCGCGCAUUUAGAAAUGAAAUGUAAAUGCAACACGGAACAUAUUUGACGCCGUUUUAGAGGAAGGUUCUACACAUGGGGGAUUUAAAGCAGAGACAUUAGUAGGUUCUUUUCUUCAGAGUAAUGAAAGGCAAAUGUGAUGUUUUUGUUGUUUUGUGUCAUGGAGUGAUUUUACGAAGCAGUCGUACUGUAAAAAAAAAACGGGUUGAUUUUUAAUCUAUUAUUUGUAUUUUGUGUUUGUUAUGAGGAAGUGUUAUUAUAGUGUGUUUUUUCAAGUCAAUUUGAAUUUUCUGCUCAUACUUUCCGUCCUCAGAUCAGUAAAUCCGGUGACCACAGUUUGUCUCGACUGCAUCGCUGACGACUGUCGAUCCUAAUAGACAACUGUUAGCGUUCCAUUGGGAUUGUUUCACAUUUGGCUUUAACACACAACCGUUGAAUGUUGUUGCCCACAUGUCAUCGUACAAAAUGUCGAUGCUGAAACCACACCGGGUUAAGUCAAUCGUUACAUCCUCACAAAUAAAAACUUCAUCAUCGCA